AUCAGAAAGGUGGUUAGUCUGUCGGUGCAUGUGGAAAUAAAAGGACAAAAACCAAGAAGCAAACAAAUUUCACUCUUCCGUAACUUCCUAAAAUCCACUCGCCUACAUAUUUCAACUUCUGGGUUCGUCUUCUGCUUUCAUUUCCAAUCAAUAAACCAUGCCAGGAUGGAGGAAAGCAGAUAACUUCCUGCUUUUUGCUUGAGUUUAUGGCUGAAUCUUGGGGUUUAUUGAAAAAGGCUUGGUUCUUUGGAUCUAAGUUUGGGUCUUUUGACUCAGUUGACUCGAGAUUUGAGAUGGGUAUUGAUCGAAUAUAAUUGGGUCAAUACUGGUUUUGCGAGUUGAAUAGAGCAAAAUGAGUUGGAAGAGUCGAGGAUCGGACUCAGGUUCGAAGACUGCGGUGUCCAAGAAAUGGACUUUUCUUCUUUGUAUUGGCUGCUUUUGUGCUGGGAUCCUUUUCUCCGAUAGAAUGUGGCCGGUUCCCGAAGUCAAGAGUAUAUCCCGGAGAGCAGGGGUUGAAGAUGAAAAGCUGAUGUUGGUAUCGGAAGGAUGUGAGCCAGAUGUCAAGCAUGAAUCGAAGGACAUUCUAGGGGAGGUUUCGAAGACCCAUCUUGCUAUACACACGCUGGAUAAAACAAUUUCAAAUUUGGAAAUGGAAUUGGCUGCUGCAAGGGCUGCUCAGGAAUCGAUAAUGAACGGUUCUCCUGUGUCCGAUGAAUUAAAAAUCAGCGAAUCGGGCACCAAAAGGAAAUAUUUGAUGGUCAUAGGCGUCAAUACUGCUUUUAGCAGUCGUAAGCGAAGAGAUUCAGUUCGUUCUACUUGGAUGCCUCAAGGUGAAAAGAGAAAGAAGCUUGAGGAAGAGAAGGGCAUUGUGAUUCGCUUUGUAAUAGGUCACAGUGCUACGUCAGGGGGUAUCCUUGAUAGAGCAAUUGAUGCAGAAGACAAAAGGCAUGGUGACUUUUUGAGGCUGGAGCAUGUUGAGGGUUACCUUGAAUUGUCAGCAAAGACAAAGGUUUACUUUGCCACUGCUGUUGCUCUGUGGGAUGCUGAUUUUUACGUUAAAGUUGAUGAUGAUGUACACGUAAAUAUAGGAACACUUGGUGCAACUUUGGUUAGGCAUCGCUCAAAGCCUAGGGUUUAUAUUGGUUGCAUGAAAUCUGGUCCGGUCCUAGCUCAGAAAGGAGUGAGAUACCAUGAACCCGAGUAUUGGAAAUUCGGUGAGGAAGGAAACAAAUACUUCCGACAUGCUACAGGGCAGCUAUAUGCUAUUUCUAAGGACCUAGCUUCGUAUAUAUCAUUUAACCAGUAA